AACUCAUACGAUUGGUUGAAUUUCGGAGUGGCGUCAAGAACUUAGCAGAAGGUACACAGAACUAAAAUCCCGGACAUAACAAUUAUUGAGGCCUUACAUACUUUUGUGACCACCAACACUACAGUGAUAUAAUCCAGGUAACUCAUACGAUUGGUUGAGCUUCGGAGUGGCGUCAAUAACUUAGCAGAAGGUACACAGAACUAAAAUCCCGGACAUAACAAUUAUUGAGGCCUUACAUACUUUUGUGACCACCAACACUACAGUGAUAUAAUCAAGGAUUUGUUUGCCUUGCAGCUUGUAGCUUCAAGUCCAUCAUCUAAGGAUAGCCGAUUCAAGAAUGAGAGGCCGUUACCCAUAUGCGCUGUGCAUAAUAGGAAUCGUUUUAUUAUCGAUUUUCAUAAUUGGUCAAUAUUUACCCAAUACUUCACAGACAAAAGUGUCUGCAGCAAGAGACACUUUUGAGCAAAUCAUUAAACGAGUCGACCAUACUAUCCAAUUACACGUUGAAAAUGAGAAGCCUUUUCAACCCAUGGUUUUCAUACCACAACGCGACAAAUCAUUUGAUUACAAGAAAGUAAUGGCUGAUAUGAACAGCGCAAGAGUGGACCAGGCAGAACCUCGGUUAGCAGACAUCAUAAGAAACUACUAUGUGGAGCCGCCAUCUUUGGAACCUUACAGUCUGACCAUUCCCGACAGACUAGAAUACUCCAACGGGCAAACUCCAUUUGUCGAUAGCAGACUUAAUUACAUUGAAGAUGGGUUUUAUAUUGAAUGUGGAGCGCUUAACGGCGAGAAAGGUUCUAAUUCUUUCUUCUUUGAGAAAGUAAGGAAAUGGAAUGGACUGCUGAUUGAAGGAGACCCAUCAAAUUAUGCCAUGUUGAAAUCAAAACAUCGAAAGGCACUGACAAUGAAUUCCUGUCUGUACCCGCAUACUUAUCCAUCAGAGGUUUCCUUCAAUAAAGCAUUUAACAGAGGACGUGCCGUACAUGAUGACAAGGUGAACAAAUGGAUAAACCAGCAACGUCUUAAAUCAGACCUUGUCAAAGUCCAAUGUUUCCCGCUAUAUUCUAUCCUACUGGCCCUUAACCGGACAACCGUCGACUUCUUUAGUCUGGAUAUCGAAGGCGAUGAAUUUGGAGUGCUACAAACUAUACCGUUUGACAAGGUCAACAUUAAAAUGUUAACGGUGGAAGUCACGCAUGGUACGACAGGGAACAACGAACUCCAAAAGUUCAUGGAAUCUAAGGGAUACGAUACAUUACUUAAGGUAUCUAGGGGUGAUUUAGGCGUCAAUGAUCUUAUAUUCCGGAAAAAGGGACUAACGCACUGAGAUGUGGUAUAUAACCCCUAAUAAUUCACCAUAACAUGAGUAAAAUAUGAAUGUAUAAAGUUAUGAAAGGUUAUGUUAUCAUAGUUGAGGGACUGAUCUGUGGUAUAUGGUUCCAUUACAUGUAUAUAUUUCACCCUUGUAUUAUAAACAUAAAUGUAUAAGUAUGUAAUUAUAUCAUGAACAUGCAUUAUGCUUUUUACUGUCUUGUCGCACGUCCAAUUAAUCUUUGGUAUCAGUUUGUAUAACUGCACAGUGUUUGCUUUUAUAAUGUUAACUAGAGCAUUCAGCAAGGGUCCUGCCAUUUCAUGUGCGUGACUGUACCAUACCCUCUAUUUUUAGAGUCGUGCAUUUCGAUUCCAUAGCGAUUUCAUGUCUUACCAAAAUGGAAAGGAACUACGUUUCAAUAUUUCUGCUGUAAAUGCCGACUUGAAAUUUGACGUGUUUUCAAUUAAAACCUGUUUUGAUAAACUAUUAAAUAUUCACACGAGCAUGACUUCUAUUUAUGUAAUGAGAAUGCUCCAAAGCGUAUUCCCUGCUACCGUAAAUAUUUUUUGUUUCUGAUUGACGUACAUAGUAGUAUUGUUUUUACAAGCUAACCAAAACAUAAUGUAUAAUAUUCUCUUUACCUGCAAUUGUAACCAUUUAAUAUAUGUAUUUAUUAAUGAAAACAAAUGUAGACAAUAGGUAGACAGGUUUAUGUCUUCCUUUUGUCUAUUAUGUUUAAUGCCAUCCAAUAUGUAUUCAAAUGUAUAUUGAAAUUAAAUAAAGUUUUAGGAAAGAGGUAUUUAAAUAAUUAUAAAACAAUUUCAGUUUUAUGAAGCUGUUCUAAACCUCCAGUGUCAGGGGCUGAACAUUAUAUAUAUAUUUUAAAUUUUCAUUUUAUUUUACAAAACAAAACAUGUAUGACAUUAUACAUUAGUACAUGAUUGUUUUAGUACAUGAUUGUUUAUACACAGCAAACAAAAAGGUCUAUACAGUUUUUUCCCAGUUUCGUAAUCUUUUUUUUACACUAAACAUGUUCUUAUUAUCAUCAUCAUCAUUAUCAUCAUCAUCAUCAUCAUAACCUGACAUCAUCAUAAUCAUCAGCAUCAUCUGAUAGUGUUCUUUAUAUCAUCCUCAUCAUCAUUAUCAUCCGACAUCAUUAUCUGACAUCAUAUACACCAUCUGACAUCAUCAUCCUCUGACAUUAUUCUUAACAUCAUUUUCAUCAUCAUCAUCAUCAGACAACAUCGUCUUUAUCAUCAUUAUCAUCAUCAUCUGAUAUCAUUCUUGAUAUCAUCCUUAUAAACAUCAUCAUUGUCGUAUAUCAUUCUCCUCAUCAUCAUUUUACAUCAUCAUCUGACAUCAGAAUUAUCAUCUUCUGACAUCAUAUUCAUUAUAACAGGUCAUCAUCCUCCUCCUCCUUAUCUAUUUAACACUCACGCAUUAACUCUUAAAAUAAUGUAGUCAUGAUCAUGAUCAUCAUCAUCAUCAUCAUAAUCAUAUGAUAUCACAUUCAUCUGACUUCGUCAUUAUUCUCUAACAUCAUCAUCGUCACAAUAAUCAUUAUCACUAUCAUAAUCGUAUCCAACAUCAUCUGAUAUCAUCAUUUUCAUCAGACAUCAUCAUGAUGAUUAUUUUUGUAAACUUAUAUUUAAACUUGUAAAUGCAAACAUGUAUAUGAAUAUAUUGUAUAAGCAGACAUUUAAAACAUUGCCAGUGCUAUGUACAUACAUCAAGACAUACAAUAUAUAUACACCUAUGACAUCAAAAACACAAGAGCAAAACCAAACUAACUAUAACAAAAAUAUACAAAAGCAAAACACAAAACAUAACAGGGGAUGAGUGAGCAACCCUAAUUCAUGUUUUAUUUUUUUAAUAAAACCAGACAAAUUAAAAUACAUUGAGUGAUGAUUAUUUUUACACUAAGGAGACAAUAAAAUACAAUAGAUGUAUAUGCAUAGAACAAAUAUGUGAUAUUAUAACUGCAUCCAGAUAUCUAUUUGAUGGUUUAGCUCAUCCUUAUUUAUAAUUCUUUUUUGCUUAGAAACAAGGAUCUUUUGUGCAUUCAGUUCAAAUUUUAACUUGUUUUUUGGGACUAUUCAGAUUAAGGUCUAUUUUAGGCAUUUAGUUUUAUAUAUGUAUUGUUUUAUAAUUAGUAUGAUGAUGUUUUCUUCAUGUUACUUUGUAUGUUUGUAACAAUCUUAGUGUAAUGUUUGAAGUUAUCAUUUUUGUUUUCAGCUCUUCAUUUAGCCUAUCAACAUUUUCGCAAUCCCAUAGCAUAUGUGCUAUUUGUUUCAUGGUGAAUAUUACAGAAAGUGCAAAGGUUAUUGUGUGAGUUGCCAAUUUUGAAUAAAAAUGGGUUUAACAUUAUUUGUAAUCAA